CGCACCCCCGCCCGGCAACGGCCACGACACCCGGGGCGAGCGGGAAAGCGGCGGCGGCGGUAGCGGCGGCGGGGGAAGGAUGCAGGGGAAGAAGCCGGGCGGUUCGUCGGGCGGCGGCCGGAGCGGCGAGCUGCAGGGGGACGAGGCGCAGAGGAACAAGAAGAAGAAAAAGAAGGUGUCCUGCUUCUCCAACAUCAAGAUCUUCCUGGUGUCUGAGUGCGCCUUGAUGUUGGCGCAGGGAACGGUGGGCGCCUACCUGGUGAGCGUGUUGACCACCCUGGAACGCAGGUUCAACCUUCAGAGUGCUGAUGUGGGUGUGAUCGCCAGCAGCUUCGAGAUCGGGAACCUGGCGCUGAUUCUCUUCGUGAGCUACUUCGGAGCACGUGGGCACCGACCUCGCCUUAUCGGCUGUGGUGGCAUCGUCAUGGCCCUGGGCGCGCUGCUGUCAGCGUUGCCAGAGUUCCUCACCCACCAGUACAAGUACGAGGCUGGCGAGAUCCGCUGGGGCGCCGAGGGCCGCGAUGUCUGCGCCACCAAUGGCUCCAGCAGCGAUGAGGGGCCUGACCCCGACCUCAUCUGCCGUAACCGCACAGCCACCAACAUGAUGUACUUGCUGCUCAUUGGGGCUCAGGUGCUCCUGGGCAUCGGUGCUACCCCCGUGCAGCCCCUGGGGGUCUCCUACAUUGACGACCACGUGCGGAGGAAGGACUCCUCGCUCUACAUAGGAAUCCUGUUCACGAUGUUGGUAUUUGGACCAGCCUGUGGAUUUAUUCUGGGCUCUUUCUGUACCAAAAUCUAUGUGGAUGCUGUCUUCAUCGACACAAGUAACCUGGACAUCACUCCAGAUGACCCGCGCUGGAUCGGAGCCUGGUGGGGCGGCUUUCUGCUCUGCGGUGCCUUGCUCUUCUUCUCGUCCCUCUUGAUGUUUGGGUUCCCACAGUCCCUGCCCCCACACUCAGACCCCGCCAUGGAGAGUGAGCAGGCCAUGCUCCCCGAAAGAGAAUAUGAGAGGCCCAAGCCCAGCAACGGGGUCCUGAGACACCCCCUGGAGCCAGACAGCAGUGCCUCCUGUUUCCAACAGCUGAGAGUGAUCCCCAAGGUCACCAAGCACCUGCUCUCAAACCCCGUGUUCACCUGCAUCGUCCUGGCUGCCUGCAUGGAGAUCGCUGUGGUGGCUGGCUUCGCUGCCUUCCUGGGCAAGUACCUGGAACAGCAGUUUAACCUCACCACUUCCUCUGCCAACCAGUUGCUCGGGAUGACGGCAAUUCCCUGUGCCUGCCUGGGCAUCUUCCUUGGUGGCCUCUUGGUGAAGAAGCUGAGCCUGUCUGCUCUGGGGGCCAUUCGGAUGGCCAUGCUGGUCAACCUAGUGUCCACAGCCUGCUACGUCUCCUUCCUCUUCCUGGGCUGUGACACGGGACCUGUGGCUGGGGUCACUGUUCCCUAUGGAAACAACUCAGCACGUGGCCCGGCCCUUGACCCCUACUCUCCGUGCAACAAGAACUGUGAAUGCCAGACCGAUUCCUUCACCCCGGUGUGUGGGGCCGACGGCAUCACCUACCUGUCAGCCUGCUUCGCUGGCUGCAAUAGUACGAACCUCACAGGCUGUGCAUGCCUCACCACCGUCCCCUCUGAGAAUGCUACCGUGGUUCCAGGAAAAUGUCCCAGUCCUGGGUGCCAAGAGGCCUUCCUAACCUUCCUCUGUGUGAUGUGUGUGUGCAGCCUGAUCGGGGCCAUGGCCCAAACACCCUCUGUCAUCAUCCUCAUCAGGACAGUCAGCCCUGAGCUCAAGUCUUAUGCGCUGGGAGUUCUUUUUCUCCUCCUUCGUUUGUUGGGUUUCAUCCCCCCACCUCUCAUCUUCGGGGCCGGUAUCGACUCCACCUGUCUGUUCUGGAGCACCUUCUGUGGGGAACAGGGCGCCUGCGUCCUCUAUGACAAUGUGGUCUACAGAUACCUGUACGUCAGCAUCGCCAUCGCGCUCAAGUCCUUUGCCUUCCUCCUCUACACCACCACGUGGCAGUGCCUGCGGAAAAACUAUAAACGCUACAUCAAAAACCACGAGGGCGGGCUGAGCACCAGCACAGAGUAUCAAGACAUUGAGACUGAGAAAACCUGCCCUGAGUCACAGUCACCUUCAGAAGACUCCUUUGUGAGAAGCUGAGGGCUGCCCUCUUAUGGCAGAGCCUACCAUCACCACCUCCACCACCACCACCACCACCACCACCACCACCACCACCACCACCACCACCCACAGACCUCAAGGCCUGACAUAGCCCUGCGCUGCCCAGGAACCCAAGGGUUCCCAUGUGGAUUAUCCAAUGUCUGGUCCUUUGAGGCUUCAAGCACAGGCCUAUGACAAGGACUAAGGAGGUGGCAUGUGGCCAGGAGCCCUCCAAAGUGGGCAUCAUUCCUAAAAAGCAAGGUCAACCUGAUGUGCAAAUUUCCUUCGGCCUGUCUCUCUUCUCGCUUCUGUGGGGAUGGCUUUCUGACAUGCUUUAGAAAACUCCCUCUGGGGAAGCUUCUCUGACCAAACACUCUUAACAGUUCCAAAGAAACCAGCAGAGGCUGGGCUUUAACAGAAGGGUGUAAAAAUCCGGAUUUCCCAGAAGAGAAGAGGAAGAAAAGCACAUACUUAAUAGAUUCUGAGCGUGGUAGUCUGUAUUUUUUUGCAGCUUAUAUUUUCCAGAUGAGCAGUUUAGAGAUACAUGAUAUAAAGUAUAUACUGUACAUUUGCUGAAAAUUAUAUUAAAAGCACUAUUUUAAUUCUU